UCACCAAGCUUCGAGUCUUUGUAGCAAUAUUCUACAUAAGUGUUUGGUGGAAGAGGUAACGUCGGACCUCGCUGACCUUCGCUCCUCACUCCUCUCUCCGUGUUUGAUACGCUUAAGUCUACAUAUUGCUGAGAUGGCCAUAUAUCCCCUGAUCAUCAUCGGACUCCUUAGUCUGGUAAAUGGCAAAACAUCCCAACCUCAAUGCACCGGCGUGCCGCUCCCCUUCGGAAAGCCCGAAACCUCUACUCUUACAGUCUAUAACGAAGUCUCGACAGUAACCCGCACGGUCGACGUGGUAACCACAGUGGGAGUGAAAGACUCGUGCCAAUUAAUGAUAGUCUGCACAGGGGUGGUGAGCGUGCCAAGGACGGAGGAAUCGGACACAGUGAGAACGGCAGACAACGUCUUCGUAACUCACGUCACCGUCACAGACAAUGUCCAGACCGAGCCUAUAGUAACUACGCUAAACCUGGUAGAAUCGACUACUACUGUUGUCGAAGUAAUUACAGAGACGGUUACGUGUACUUAAAGUAUUGUAAUUGGUAAUAAUUAUUGCCACCUGCUUUAAUGUACACAUGAUUAUAUAUUUAUUGCACAAGUGAUUACAAUUUUAACAUGUAAUGUAAGCAUUUAAUAAAACUAAAACCUAUAAAAUUCAAA